CUGUUUUAUUGCAGGAGUGUUCUGACGUGGACCGACCCAGGUCCGGCAGUACCGACCCGGGCCUGGCAGCACGGUGGCUUUGGUCUGAACCCUGAGUCAGUUUGCUAUCGGUUGCGUUGCGCCGCCGUGUUGCAGUGAGUGGGUGCAGCUGCGGCGGCUGUUUGACUCUGCGGUCGGCAGGGGAAGGAGGAAGACGCUGCUGCUGCCCCCCCGCUGCACACUCACUUCCUCAAAGAGGGAGGGGAGAGACAGAAGGAAGCCAUCUUGGGCACUUUGUGACAUGUUCGUCCCCUCUCUGGCGCUGGUUCCUGCAGAGAAACAAACGGAAGGAGAGACGAGUCGCUGAAGGAGUUGGAAGCUGAACGUCGGAGAUCCGUGGCGUUUCGUCUGAUGUUGCUCUGAGCGCCGAGUUCAGCUGGACAGACGCAAUAUGAGUUCGGUUCCCCAGAGGUCGGUGGUGAUGGGCUGGAGCCCCCAGCAGCUGGCUGACUACCUGAAGCGGAUGAACCUCCCCGGCUGUGAUAAGGUGGUUCUGAAGAACUCCAUCAGCGGCUCCAGGUUUGUGAACCUGACGGAUAACGACCUGCAGAAGUUCCCCAAGCUUCACGCUCCGAUGAUUUCUAAGAUCAGCAAUGAAAUCUACAAGAAUGAGAAGAAAGGCUUGUUUUCUAAAAAAUCGACUCCUAAGUAUCAUGAACCAGAGAUGAACGUUGAUGGAGGAUGGGGCGAAGACGAGUUUGACGACGAAGAGUUUGACGAUGACUACGAGAGUCCGUACAGCGACGAAGACGACCGGGACUACGAGUCCCCGAACGACGACUUGGACGCGGGUAACGACUACGAGCCGCCGCCCUCUGAACCCGCAGAGGACCACAAGCUGUGCCCGUCCCAGCCCAUUGGGGAUGGGGACUACAUCGACCGGAGGGACAACAACGUGGCGGCCAGAGGCCCGCCCCCCACUCUGUGUCCCCGCCCCCCCACCUCACUGUCUGCACCCCCGGCCCGCAUGCCUGGAGAGUCCAGAAGAGACCCGUUUCCUCACGGACGACCGCCAGGUAACUUUCCCUCAGGGCCUCCCAAGGUGUGUCGCGACAUCAAACCCGGCCGUGAGUCACGAAACACCCAGUCCCCCGUCAGAGGCCAUCAGUUCAACUCAACGGACAGACCUGGUGCACAGUCCUGGAGGACACCGGCGGACGCAUCGGAACUGCCAAGAUCCAAGCCUCCGGUUCUUCCUCCUCCCACCUCCUCCGUCAGCAGGAGUAACUCCUCUGCCAGAGUAGCGCCCCCUAGCAGGUUCGAUGGACACAGAGAGCAGACACAAGAUGUCCCUAAACACAACACGUUCCCUCUUCACAAGAAUCUGCCGCCGCGCCCCGGGAUCCCCGGGCCGCAGCACGCCUCCAGCGUUUCCUCCUCGGCCUCUCUGCCUCACAAGCUGCAGUCUGCCAUAGCCGAACACAGAGGCAGCAUAUCGGCGCCCAUCCGUCCUCCACCUCCCACCGCGGCCGCCGGCAAGGCUCUGGACCCAAACUGGUACGUUGGGAAGGUGAGCCGUGGACAGGCUGAGGGAUGCCUGAAGAAAGUCCAGAGGGACGGGGCCUACCUGGUGAGGGACAGUACCCGGCAGCAGACCAACCAGCCCUUCACCCUCAUGGUCUUCUACCAGGACAAAGUCUACAACAUCCAGAUCCGGCAGCACAGCCAGCAGUUCCAGCUGGGAACCGGACUGAAAGCCCAGGAGUUCUUCCCGUCAGUCAGUGACAUCAUCAACCAUUACUCCCAGUCCCCUCUGGUCCUCAUUGAUGCUAAAAACCGGAGCUCCAGCCACCAGAACCAGUGUCUGCUGUCGGACCCGGCCGGUUACUAUUUGGAGCAGAGCUGGUCCUGACAGACUGAACCAGACCGAAGCCGGCUCCAGUCGGACCCGGUUCAGAUGAAUGUUCAGAUGGCCUCCAUCUUUGCACGUGUUGCUUUGUUUUCUUUCUUCUCUUUUCAGUUUCAACUUUUAAACCUUUAAGAAUAUUCUUCAGAAAUAUUAGAGCUUAUGUUGGUUCUACUCCAUUUGGACCCACAAACAAACUCUAAGACUAAAGCAGAGCUUCUAUGCACCUCUUCUUCUUCUUCUUCUUCUUCUCUUUUACUGUAAAUGUGUCGGUUUGCCAUCAGCUGAUCUCAUUAAAACAUCUGGAAACAUCAGAAA